CGCCGAUCCCGUUUUGAGAGCGUCGGACACAGGCGUCUCGCUCUCUCGGCCUCGCCGCCGCCGCCCCGCGCCGCCGCCCUCACCCCUCGCCGCCCCACCACCACCCCCGUACAACAUGGCUGACGACGAGGUUGCGGCGCUUGUGGUCGACAACGGCUCCGGCAUGUGCAAGGCGGGCUUCGCGGGCGACGACGCGCCGCGCGCGGUCUUCCCCUCCAUCAUCGGCCGGCCGCGCCAGCCCGGCGUGAUGGUCGGCAUGGGCCAGAAGGACUCGUACGUCGGCGACGAGGCGCAGUCCAAGCGCGGCAUCCUCACGCUCAAGUACCCGAUCGAGCACGGCAUCGUCACCAACUGGGACGACAUGGAGAAGAUCUGGCACCACACCUUCUACAACGAGCUGCGCGUGGCGCCGGAGGAGCACCCGGUCCUGCUGACCGAGGCGCCGCUCAACCCCAAGGCCAACCGCGAGAAGAUGACGCAGAUCAUGUUUGAGACCUUCAACGUGCCCGCCAUGUACGUCGCCAUCCAGGCCGUCCUCUCGCUGUACGCGUCGGGCCGCACGACCGGCAUCGUGAUGGACUCGGGCGACGGCGUCUCGCACACCGUGCCCAUCUACGAGGGCUACGCGCUGCCGCACGCCAUCCUCCGCCUCGACCUCGCCGGCCGCGACCUGACCGACUGGAUGGUCAAGCUGCUGACCGAGCGCGGCUACUCCUUCACCACCACCGCCGAGCGCGAGAUCGUGCGCGACAUCAAGGAGAAGCUGGCGUACGUGGCGCUCGACUUUGACCAGGAGAUGCAGACCGCCGCCUCCUCCUCCUCGCUCGAGAAGUCGUACGAGCUGCCCGACGGCCAGGUCAUCACCAUCGGCAACGAGCGCUUCCGCUGCCCCGAGGCGCUCUUCCAGCCCUCCUUCCUGGGGAUGGAGUCGGCGGGCGUGCACGAGACGACGUACAACUCGAUCAUGAAGUGCGACGUCGACAUCCGCAAGGACCUCUACGCCAACGUCGUCCUCUCGGGCGGCACCACCAUGUACGCCGGCAUCGCCGACCGGAUGUCCAAGGAGAUCACCGCCCUCGCGCCCGCGUCGAUGAAGGUCAAGAUCAUCGCGCCGCCGGAGCGCAAGUACUCGGUCUGGAUCGGCGGCUCCAUCCUCUCCUCGCUCUCCACCUUCCAGCAGAUGUGGAUCUCCAAGCAGGAGUACGACGAGUCGGGCCCGUCCAUCGUGCACCGCAAGUGCUUCUGAGCCGAAAGUGCUCCUGAGCCGCAGAGCGCGCGUGGCGGACGCGCGCGCGGCUCGGGCCACGGGGGCGGGCGCCGGAGGGGCGGCCAGCGCGUACAGUUGCCGCCGGUGUGGCGGCGGGGGGGGGAGGAGUCGUCGGGGGAGGGGCGGUCUGCGGAGGCCGUGACUCCCUGCGUGUGCCGUGUGGGCACUUGGGCUUGACGUAGCUUGAGGGGGCUGCACUGCCGUGCGCCGGUGUCGAGUAUAUUGGAGCCCCCGUGUGUGAAAACUUACGAAACUGCUUCAGCUAUACACCGGUAGUAUAAUAGGGCUGUGAAAAACACGGCAGUCUGUCUUCUAAUAAUCUAUAUUACGCCGA